CAUCACCACCACCAACAUAGACGCCCGGACAGAAAACUAGCUUCCCAGAACUAGCUUUGCGCGGGGAUUUAUUUAUUUAUUUUGGAGGGGGUGGAGAACAGGGUUGAUAAUUCGCGGAGUGUGGUGUAAAAGUCGUUAAAAAAUGUCCGACUAACAGUCGGUGUUGCUGUUUUGGUCGACGUUUUCCGCAUCCAGCUAACGAGACGCUGCGCAGAUUGACGAGCAGCUGCGGCUUCCCGCUGACCUGAACAGAAAAGGCUACAAAAGGAAUUGUUAGCCCUGCAAAAUGAUCCGCCCCCAGGAAUGACGCUGAAUGAGAAAAGUGUACAGAACACCAUCACGCAAUGGAUUGUAGAUAUGGAAGGAGCGCCCGGCACACUGUAUGAAGGAGAGAAAUUUCAGCUGCUUUUCAAAUUUAGUAGUCGAUAUCCUUUUGAUUCACCUCAGGUAAUGUUCACAGGAGAGAAUAUACCUGUCCACCCACAUGUGUAUAGCAACGGUCACAUCUGUUUAUCUAUUCUGACGGAAGAUUGGUCACCAGCGCUCUCAGUGCAAUCAGUUUGUCUUAGCAUUAUCAGCAUGUUGUCUAGCUGCAAAGAAAAGCGACGACCGCCUGAUAACUCGUUUUAUGUAAGAACRUGUAACAAAAACCCAAAGAAAACAAAAUGGUGGUAUCAUGAUGAUACCUGCUAAUGUACAAACUUUGUAAUAAUCGUAGAAGAAAGAAGUCCUACUGACCUACAUAAAGCACUUUUUAAUUAUUCAGUCUUUGAACUCUGACCUUUGACUGGAACAAUGGAAACCAAGCGCUGGAGACUCUUGACCGCAUUUCCUGAAGGGGGCAGUUGGCUGCAUGAUUUAGUCGGUUGUAACAUAGAACAUGAAACGUAAACGGACAUCUACAAGUACACCAGAUGUAUCGUUUUUGGCUAGCGGUUUGUAAUGCGGCGAGCGAAAGAAGGCAUAUUUAUAGUCAGACAAUUAAAUUUCCUGUGUUACGAUUAUUAUUAUUAUUAUUAUUUGUUUUUUUUUUUUCUUGUGGGUGCUUUAAGGUUUUGUGUUGUGCAAUAAUGAUUGAUGAAUGCAUGCUGGGGCCUACAAAGAGACAUCCAAAUGUUAACAWCUAGAAGGGAUCUGACCACCGAAAGCCCAAGAAAUGCUUCAUCAGUUUUUGUUUUUCUUCAUUAUUAUUAUUAAUAUUUUUACAUACACUGUGCRAGUAUCUGGUUUGGAAAGGAACUAUUUGUAUGUUAUCCACCAACUGCAGAUGUACUGUAAGUAGUCCUCCUACUCAUCAGGUUUUUGUUUGUAACUGCCCAUUGCACGCUUCUUUUUUUUUUUUCCUUCUUCCAGCUCGACCCCGGUUUGCAGUUCUUCCUGCUGUUGGACAGAGUGUCGGUACGGACGGGGAGAAAGCAGAUAGUGAUAGAUGCUGCGCCCAUCUGAUAACCUCCUCUCAAGGUUGGGCCCAGUUAGUCGAGCCUUUUAAAGAUGUGCAGCAGCAGCAGCCUCUCUUCCAUUUAAAGAAUGUCUGCGGGAGAACAUCUGUUGCGUGAUUUUGUUUUUAUAUGUACGAUGUAUAUUUUUAAAUUAACAUGCUUUAUUUUUUUUCUCCUGAUUUUAAAUGUGUUUUUGUACCUUUUUUUUGACUAGCUGAUACUUUGAAAGGAGGGUUAUUUUGAUGGGUCAGUAUGAUUUUUUUUUUUGUAUUUGUUUUUUAAUUUAAAACCUCAAUUGAGCUCAAGAGCAGCAAUGAAUGACUAAAAGGAGAGUGUGUGUUGAAGUCCUAAAGAUAACUCUUUUGUGAUUUCCCUCACCAUGUCAGAGUUUUGGCUCAGGUACUUUUUUCAAUAAAGAGAUCGCCUCUAAAAAUAAUACCUAUUAAAUAUUUUGAAUUUCGCUAUAUUUUCACCAGAAGAAAUUGUCAUGUUGAACGCUUGUCUGAAACUAUUGUAUAUAAGUCUUUAAAAUGUCUGAAAUGAUGGACCUUAGCUGGGGAUGCACAUAGGGUUUCAUCUGAAUGAUUAAAAAGAUUUUUUUUUAAAUUUUAUUUUCAAAUUAGGUUUUGUACAGUCAAAAUCAAACAAUUUUGGUUAUAAAACAAUCCGUAGUUUUACAGUGGGGAUGCAUGCAGUUUUAACCCUUCAAGUCUUUCCAGAACUUUAGCUCUUUUGCAUCACAAAGCUCACCUCCAGAGACUGUGGUCAUUUCAGGCAGUAAUCAUCUCAUUCCUAAACAAAUGUUUAUAUCCACUCAAAGAUACUUGAAGUUUUCAACAUGAAUUGUCUGUAGUUAUGUUUCUCCAGAGUUUUAAAUGAAAUUGAGUGAAUGUUAUUAUGUCGAGGGGGAAAAAAUCCCAGCUAUCUCAAAAACUUAAGUGUUACCACCCAAUGAUUUUUUUUCUCCCCUUCAUUGCAGUGAGUUUYGGUUAAAUUAUUGCAAAUGCAGUCAUAACCAUAAAUGUGCAGAGACAGAAAAGCCUUCAUCCAGUAGGCAGCAGAWCACAAGCGAUACGAGUGAAAAAGUUAUUUUAUUUUUAGUUUGUUUUGGUUGUAUUAUUAUUAUUUUUUUCGGUGUGGUUUGAACUUUUAGCUUGCAGGCUGUCAUGGGAGUGAUUGACGCUAAAGAGGGUGUGCUAUUUAUAUUUGAAAUUUUUAUCCUGGGAUGUGCAAGCUCCAUGUAAUAGGUGCCUGUUCAUUUUCAUAAUCAACAAUAAAAGCGUAAUUUAACUUUUA